AUUGAAUUUAUAGUUCAUAAUAUUAAUGAAUCCAAUGGUACAUUUCGAAAGUUUUCUGUGAGCGAUUCUAGAAACCACAAUGAAAUCCAGCGAAAAAAACUAAAACGUAAAAAAUGGAUUAUGGAAAUUUCAAAUGAGCAAUUUUGUAAUGGGAAUUCGGAAUCCAAAGAACAAUUGUCGUCUUCUGAAAAAGCAAUAGACCGUAUAAAAAUUUAUAGUAAGAAUCUUUUGGCAAGGAAUGUACCUCAAUGUACAAGACAUUCACAUAAUCUUAAUCAUGACCGAAUACGACCUUUUAUUUCGCGCGAUUUGAAAGCUAUUCUUUCAGAUGCUCAUGACCAGAUAAUUGAAGAAUAUGUUCAAUCAGUAGUAAUGACGUAUUAUAAACAACGGAAACCUAAGGAUGAGCUUAUUGAAAAAUUGAAGCCAUGGUUAUGUGG